AUGGCAGACUCCAGCCUCGAUGACUUUUUUGCCAAAAAAGAUAAAAAUAAGAGGAAGCCGAAAGCGAAGCCAGAAAUCGCUGCCGACAUUGAAGCGAAGAAGGAUAAGAAGAAGAAAGACAAGGAUAAGGAGAAUGUUGCCUCUGGUGGUCAGACGAAUGUUUUGUUGAACCAACAGGAAGAUGAAGAGUGGAAAGAUUAUGAGGUGGAGAGAGAAGUGGAUUACACAGGACUUCGUAUCCAGACUCUUAAGAUGUCUAAAGAAGAUCCAGACAAAGAAGGAGGAGAUGGUAAUGGUGACGGAGAUGAUGAAGAUGAAAACAAACUGAAGCGGGAUGGAGCCUCUGGUCCUUGGAAUAAAUCUGGGGCGCAGGCAUCAUCUGCAGGUCCUGCAGAAUCAAACGCACAUGCGGAGGUGACCAAAGAGGAACCUGUUGGGAAAACACCUGGCAAGUAUGUUCCUCCUGCCCAGAGACUUGGAGCAUCUGGGCCAAGUUCAUCCAAACAGUCAUCUUCCAGAAAGAAGAAAGAUGCCCCCAAUGUGAACAGCGAGGAGGAUUUUCCAACUCUAGGUGGGAUGCCAGGCACAAAGAAAGGAUGGAGCCAGCAGUACAGUAGUACCGUCUCUUCAGACUUGAUCGACAACGCCGGUCAGAGGAGAGGCGUCAACUUGACGCUGGAAAACAAGUUUUCAGCUUUACAAGAUUGA